CGAAGUCUCGCGAUAAGACAACUUCUGUGCGAGAAAAGGCGAGAGUUGGAGUUGCUUUCUACAUCUGGACACGAGAUUUGGAUCCAGGAGGAUGGAGGAUCAUCACAGACAGAUCCUGAUAGAAAACCGAGUCAGGUUAGCCAAGGACAUGAAGCCCAAAUUUUUGUACCCCAUCCUGGUGGAGAAGAAGGUCUUCAAUGAUGACAUGAUAGAGGAGAUAGAGGCUGCUGGGACCAGGUUUGACCAGUGUAAUGCCUUGUUAAGAGACCUCCCAGGAAGAGGAAAACAUGCGUUCCAGAGUUUUGUAGAAGCUCUAGAUGAAGCGGAACAGACGGACCUUGCAGACCUUCUGCGGAGUGGUCUAAAGGGAACAGGGAGCAGAGAACCAAUCACAGUUCCUCAACAACCAUCAGACAAACUAGAUGCAUAUCCCUCAAGAGGACCACAGCCAAGUGACCCAACAAGGGUGUACACAAUGACUGCUCAACCUCGAGGCAUAGCUCUAAUCAUCAACAACAAGACCUUCAGCGGCAGACUGAACACUAGAACAGGCACAGAUGUGGACUGUAGCAACCUCACAAGACUCUUCACUUUCCUCAACUUUGAUGUGAAAGUGGAACCCAACAAAUCAGUAGCGGAAAUCCGUCACCUGUUACAGCAUUAUUCUCAAGUGGACCACGGCAGCUAUGACUGUUUCAUCCUGACCAUCCUCAGUCAUGGAGUAGAAGGGCAGAUCUACGGCACAGAUGGACAACUCCUGCCAGUCAAGGAAAUAACUGCCUUCUUCAACAACCGUUACUGCAAGACUUUAGUCGGCAAACCAAAGCUGUUCUUCCUGCAAGCUUGCAGAGGAGACAAAAUAGACCGUGGUACAGAUCAGACGGAUGCAGACUCUGCGGAACCCCCAUUCACACCCACAGAAGAAGAGUUGUUAGGACAGAUGUUGGAAGAGUCCAUUGGCCUGGAGGAGACAGACGCUAUGAGGGACACCCUGCCUACAGAGUCAGACAUGCUGCUGGCUUAUGCCACUGUCCCAGGUUUCGUGUCUUGGAGAAACAGCCAGGAUGGCAGCUGGUUUGUACAAGCCUUGACUGAAGUCCUGCACCAGUACGCACCAGUGGAGGACCUGUUGUCUAUGUUAACCAUGGUGAAUGACAAGGUGGCCACCAGGUUCCAGUCAGCUGGGAAGAACAAACAGAUGCCAGCACCUGUCACUAUGCUGAGGAGGAAACUGUUCUUCAACCCAGGACAGUAACAGCAGUGCUAUGUGACAGGAUGGUAACAGCAGUGCUGUGUGACAGGACAGUAACAGCAGUCCUGUGUGACAGGACAGUAAAAGCAGUGCUGUGUGACAGGGCAGUAACAGCAGUGCUGACGGGACAGUAACAGCAGUGCUGUGUGAUGGGACAGUAACAGCAUUGCUGUGUGACAGGACAGUAAAAGCAGUACUGUGUAAUAGGACAGUAACAGCAGCACUACACAGCCUCCAGUGUGCUGUCAUCAUGCACAGGGACAGAUUGUAUCGGCAUAAUUGCACUGGAAAUUUUAAAUGAAAUUGAAAAUUAAGGAGAAUAGUCUAUCAUGAAAGUUCAUCUCUGUUGCUAGUUACAUGUUUGAAGUUAAAACUUUUGAUCUAACAGUUUGUAAUUUUCUAACCUAGAGCUUUCAACCAGCACCUCUGGUCUUCCUCUGUAGACUGACCCAGUGAGGCGUGUUACGUAGCUUCUUUUAAGUGUGACUAGUGGAAAGCUGUUGGAUCAAAAGUUUUAAAUAAAAAAAGGAACAGUUAAAAAGCACAACUGUUGCAUGUAUGGACAAUUUUUCAACAGGUCGUUAAGUCUCCAAGCAGAAAUUUAGGUGACUUUAUGAGGCUUUCUUUUUUGCUGGUAUCUUUUCUUUGCCAGUACAUACAAUGUAUAGAUGU